AUGGCCCAUCUUGAUUCAAGUACCUUGGCUAAAUAUAAUUCGUUGGCUGAUCCUCAUUUACAAUGUUAUUUUAGUAAUGAACGUAUUCGAUCUCAUUUAAGACAUGCUGGACUAAUAAGUCGUCGUGGUGAAAUUGUACCUGAUAGUGAAUAUCGAGUAAAAUUAGCUCGACGUGAACAUAAAAAACAUGUUCGACAAAUGCUUGCUGAAAAUAUUGUUCAUCGAGCGAUUGAUAUGGAACGAGCACGACAAGCUGAAUUAAAACGUCAAUUAGAUAUGGUAUCAAAAGCGGCACUAGUACAUAGUGUUAAAGAAUCAAGACGACGUGGUGGAUAUUCAUCUGGAAAUAUGCCAAAUUCUACUGAUACAGGUUUAUUAUCAAUGCAUUCAUCUUGGUCACAAAAUCGACCUAAAAGUGCCAGUCAUCAUCGAGAACUUGAAACUACGAAUGAAGAAUUUGAUCGAAUACCUCAACUUUCUCGUGUUCAUUCAGCUCAUGUUAGUGGUGAUCGUCGUAAAAAAUAUUCAUCAAAAAGUCCUAAUCGUCAUCGUCAACAACAUCUUAAUCGAUCAAAACCAUCAUUUGCUUCACGAUCAUUACCAUUACAUCGUUCUCGUAUAUUAACAAAACCAUUAGAUUCUUCACUAACAAUUCCUCCAUGUCGAAUAACAAUGAUUUAUUAUGGUCCACAUACAAAACUUGAAUAUGAUCAUUCAAUAUUCGAACCAGUUGAUGAAGUUAUUGUUAUGCAACAACAUUGUGGAGGAGAAAAUUUAAUUGUUUAUAAAAAUCAUCUUAAAGCUGGAGAUGAAUUUACAUUUAAUUCACGUCGUCAUUCCGAUUAUCCAUUUGGUUUAUCUUUAUAUAUUCAAGGAUUAAUUGAUAGUCGAAUAUCAACAUGUUGUGAAUAUAAACAUCGUCAUGGUGUUCGAUUAGGUGGAGAACGUGGUCAUUUUGCUAUUAUAUCAGUUGAAGGAUCAAAACCUUGUAUUAAAUGUCGAUUUGAAAAACAAACUCGAUUUAAACAAUAUGAUGAUUCAUCAAAAGAUUUAAAUGAAACAGUUGAUAAAAAGAAAAAACCAAUAACAAUUUCUAUACCAACUUCAGAUCAAAUUAAAACAAAACAAACACCUAUUAAAAUACCUGUUAGACAUAUUUCGAAUACGAAUGAUAAUUAUGCAGAAGAUUUUGAUGAAUCUGAUGAUACAGAAACAUCAAAAAAUGAUUCUUCAUCAGAAUCAAAUCAAGAUAAAAUAAAAACUGGAGCAACAACAACAACAGAUAUUCGUCCAACAGUAGCUCCAUUAAAAAGUCCAACAGAAACUAGUUCAACAUCACAAGAAGAAUCUUCAACAAAAACAUGGCAAAUAAUAUUUCAUACAUCAAAUAAUUCAAAUAGCAGUUUUCAAUUACCAAAAAAUUCGUCUGUUAAUGUAUUUUUGAAAUUCUCAUAUAUAUCUGAUAAUGGAAAAGAUGAAACUGAACAAUAUGAAAUUAAAAUGAAAGAUUUUCCUCAAUAUUUUAAAUCAGGUCGACAAGAUUCAUUUCGAACUAAAUUUCGAAAUAUUGGUAAACCAAAACAAAUUCGAUUAAUACUUGAACUAAGAGGAAAUGAUGAUGAUGAUGAUGAUGAUGAUAUUAAAUGGCAACUUGAUUAUAUCGAACUUAUUGAUCCAAAAAUUCAAUUACAUUAUAAAUUUCCUUGUAAUCAAUGGAUUCGUCCAUUUCAAGAAAAAAUUCUUAAUCUUUUUGAAUCAUCUGAAAAUAAUAUUAAUCGUCGAACUUCAACAACUACAACUAGUUCAAAAUCUUCAUCUUCAUCUUUAAUACGUAAAAAAUCUUCACCACAACCAACAACAAAUAUAGAAAAAGCAAAAACUUCUUCUCGUUCAUCAUCAUCAUCAUUAUCAUCAUCAUAUGAAUUUCCAAAACGAUAUGAACAAAUUCAAAAAUCAACUAUAAAUCAAACACGUCGAAUUUCAACAGAUACUGAAUCAAUUAAUGAAAAAACUAAAGUUCAUUAUCGUAUUAAUAUUUAUCCAUCAAAAGAUGAUGAUGGAGAAUUUCUUCCUUCAAUGGAUAGUCAAAUUUUUAUACGUUUAAAUAAUCAAAAGAAAAAAUCAUUUCUAAUAGAAAAUGAUACAACAGAUUGUCCGGCUUUUGAACCAGGUGAAAAUCAAUCAUUUGAUAUUGAUUUAAUACAAAAUGAAAAUGAACAACCAACUCAUUUAAAUAUUGGAUAUUAUAAUCCAAAUAUAACUGCAGGAAAAUGGAAACUUGAUAAGAUUGUUUUAACCAAUACAGAAACAGGUCAAGAAACAAUUUUUCCUUGCAAAGACUUACUUAUUAGAGAUGAUCUUUAUUUACGAGCGGAACAAAUUUUUCAAGCUCAGUCAAAACAAUCCGAUAAUGAUGAUAAUGAUGAUGAUGGACAAAGUACACCUCGUAAUAACAACAUAGACAAAGAUGAAUCACCACGAUCUGAAAGUGACGAAAGUAUACAACAAAAACAAGUUCCAUUGACAACAUAUAAUAAAAGUCAAUCUUCAUCAUCUGAAUCACUUCCACUAGUGACAACAAAAACUAAAAAUGAUGAAAAAUCUUCAUCAAUACAUUCAUCUCAAAGUCAAAAUGAUGAUAAAGAUGAAGAUGAAGAAGAUGAUGAAGAUAAUGAAUAUAAUAGAAUGUUUAAAAAACAAAAUUCUAAUAAUGAAUCUGAAUUUGACACAUCACCAUCUCGACCAAAAACUCGACGUGGUCUUCAAAACACUUCUGAAAAAGAUACUAAACAAAAUGGUGCAAGUAAUGAUUUACAAAAAAAUACUAAUAUAUGGAGACCAUCAAGUGAACUUGAUCAAAAAGAACCAGUUGAUCCUCUUAUUGGUUUAGAUGAUCUUCAAGAUCAAACAUCAAGAUCAAAUGAUCAAAAAAAUCAAAAUAUUUCUUCAUUGAUAACUAAUAAUCAUACAGAGAAUAAAUCUACAAAUCGACAUUCUUCAACUAGUGAUGAUGAUUAA